CUCGUUCAACGUCCUUACGACGCCGUAUUCAACGAGUUCUCACUUAGCGGGUGACUAUCGCUUACGCACACUGCAAAACGUUAAAACCAAAUUCGACCGUCUUCCACGCCAGAUCAACAACGAGAAAACCCCCAAUUUCCAUCGUUUUCGAGAUCAUAUGCUUCAAAUCCGAUUCAACUAUAGUCAUAUUCCUUCUCAAAUCUAAGAUAUGGAAGAUGAUAAUGAUUUGGAGCAGGUCACGGGGAGUCCAACAGCUGGAGAGAAUGGUUUUGUUCAUAUAGAGUCAGUUGAUUCUGCUCAAAUGGAUGGCGGUUCAAUUGAUCAGGUUGAGCGUCUUGAGCAGGAUGAUGGAGUAGUGGUAACAGGAGUAGAUGCUGUACAGGAUGAGCCAGAGCCACUUAAUGUAAGGACAACUGAAGAUGUGGGACCCGAUGAGUUUGUAGAUUGUCCAGAUGACUUGGUUUCUAAUGAAGCGAGAUCCCCUGCUGUUGUCAAUAGGCCACGCCAACUGCCAUUUAGGGAUGAUGAUACAGAAGUUACUCAACAUACUGCACCUGACAUUGAAAGGGAAAUCCUUCCCCUUCCACAGGACAAUGAGGAAGAGAAUGGAGUUCUGAUAAAGGAAGUUAGAAAUCUUCAUCAUCUGCUUAAAGCUCUAAGCAAGCAAAAGCAACUUACUGAUGGGACUGAUGUUGUAGAGGGUGGUGAAAAGUCUUUGUUGUCUUUGCAUGAGAUGGUAAAGGAGUGUUCCAAUUUUAUUGAGAUUUCUUUGAAUGAGCAGUCACAUGCUGAGGCCACAAUCAGUGAACUCAAUGCCACCUUACAUAUGAAGGAUAAAGAGAUUGAGGAUCUUAUGGUGAGGGUCAAUGACCACUCUAUAUCUCAAGAUGUAGUAGCACUCAAGUCUGAUGAAUUAUCAUCUGUUGUUGCCAUUGUAGAUAGGAUUUUAUAUUCUUUUGCACCUGCCUUUGGCGAUGCAGGAUUGUCUAAUACAUCUGUUAGUGAAAAAUUAUCUCAUCUUGAGAGAACUACCUCCUUCUUACUUGAGAAGUACUACAACUUGCUUUCUGAAAUCGAAUCAUUUAGCCAUUGUUUGGCUGAGGUUAAGCCAGAUUUCCAAAUGCAAAAUGGAACAGAGACAGUUUUCAUCACUGUACGAGAGGAGUUGCUUGAGUUAAAAAGGAAAGAACUUGAGGUAACCAACAAAAAUACCCAUUUAGAAUAUCAAUACGGACAGUUCAUGGAGCAAAUUGACAAAAACAGAGAAACAAUUGAGCUUCUAAACACAGAGAUCACAAAACUUAAAGGGGAAGUUGAACAGGAGAAGACAAGGUAUACUAAUACCAAAGAAAAACUUAGCAUGGCUGUUACAAAAGGAAAGGCAUUGGUCCAACAGCGUGACUCAUUGAAACAAUCAGUUUCUGAAAAAACCAGUGAACUAGAAAGAUGUUUGACUGAACUGCAAGAAAAGUCAACUGCCCUAGAGGCUGCUGAGUUUAGGAAUAAUGAGUUGAUGCAGACUGCAUUUUUGGCUAAUUCGCUACAAGAAGCUCUUACACAAAGAGACAUGAUCCUUCAAAGAUGUGGAGAAAUUUUAUUGCUAAGUGGUGCUGCAGCUGAACUUCAGUCAUCAGAUAUCAUUGAAGGUGUUACAUGGCUUGCAAAUGAAAGAAGUAGACUUGCAUCCCUAUCUGUUGAAUUUGAGAGACUCACUUAUGCAUAUAAUCUGGCUCAAGAUCAUUCUUUUAAGCUACAAGAUGAAAAUCAUGCAACAAUGGAGGCUGCACGUGUCCAGAUUGAUCGUUUGACUGCAUCAUUUUUAGCAGAAUCACAGGAGAAGUAUUAUCUUAAGCAGGAGUAUGAAGAUUUGACAACCAAGUAUGAAGAAUUAGAACAACACAUAGCUUCUACUGAAUCAUUGCCUAUGGACAAUGAAGUACUUGAAAAGAUUCAAAAUCUUUUGUAUGUUAGGGAUCAUGAAUCCAAGCUGUAUGAGCAAAUUCUUGAGGAAGAAAAGAUGCAUAAGUUUCAGUUUUCUGAAGAACUUCGUGGAUCAAAAGAUGAGAAGAACACUCUGCAAAUAAAUCUUCAAAGAUCCGAAGAGAAAGCCUCAUUAUUGAGGGAGAAAUUGUCUAUGGCAGUUAAAAAGGGCAAGGGACUUGUUCAAGAACGUGAGAAUAUGAAACAACAAAUGGCUGAAAAGAACACUCAGAUUGAGGGGUUAACUCUCGACUUACAGAAACAAGAAUCAACAUUGAGUGAAUACAGGAACCAGAUCAAUAACUUGGAAUCUGAUCUCCUGCUUUUGAAAGAAGAAAAGGGUCAACUUGAACAGUUUUUAUAUCAAAGCAAUAGCAUGUUACAGAAUGUACUUGAAACAAUUGAUGGUGUUUUUCUGCCAGUUGAUCUAAAAGAGCCAGUUGAAAAGGUGAAGUGGUUAGCAACAUAUUUAAGUGAAACCCAAGUCAGCAAGGCACAAACAGAGCAGGAGCUAGAAUACAUAAAAGAUGAAGCUGGUAUGUUGACCAGUAAGUUGACCGAAGCAUUGACAACCAUGAAAUCCCUUGAAGAUGCAGUAUCAGUUUCAGAGAGAAAAUUUUCUCAAUUAGCUCAAGAAAAGAACGAAUUAGACAUUUUAAAGACAAACUCAGAACAAGAAGUACAGAUUCUAAAUGAGGAGAUCAGCACAUUGAACAACAAGUUGGUGGAAGUAUUGACAAACUUGAAAUCACUUGAAGAUACACUCUCAAACUCAGAGAAAACCAUCACUCAACUAACUAAAGAAAAGAUGCAUGUUGAAGAGGAGUUACAUAAAGCAAUAGGGGAAGCUACUUCUCAAACAAACAGGUUUCAAGAAACCUCUGCCCAUAAAAACUCCCUUGAAGAGGCACUUUCACUUGCAAAAAACAACAUACAUGUGCUCAUGAGUGAAAAAGAAGAGGCUCAAGCUAGCAAAGUUGCUGUUGAAAUGGAGCUACAGAAAGUUAAGGAGGAAGCUUCCACACAUUCCAUUAAUCUAGAUGAAGCUUACAAGACUAUAAAGUCCCUUGAAGAUGCAAUGUCACAGUUAAAGACGAAUGUUUCUCAGUUUUCACAAGAAAACGAGAAGGCAUUAGAUAGUAGAAGUGUAUUAGAGAGUGAGAUAAAGAAACUCAAAGAAGAAGCUGAAUACCAUAAGAACACUGUUUCUGAUCUUGUUGGGGAAAAGAAGAAAGCUGAACAGGAUAUUUUGACCCUCAAAACUGAGUUAAAUACAUGUAAUGAUAAAUGGGGUCAAGAGCUCUCUAGGUUCUUAGGAAAUCUUCAAGUGCUGUUAAAGGAUGAAUCUUUAUUCACUUUGUUCAAGAAAAGUUUUGAGAAAAAAUUCGAAAGCUUAAAAGAAAUCGACUAUGUUCUCAAAGACAUAAAUGGUAGUUUUGAUUCAGAACAGUUUCAAGAUCAUCGUUCAAUUGAGGAAAGUUGGGAUGCUGGAUUUGGCAAUGAUUGGAACAUUGGGAUGCUUGAAGAGUUGAAUGCAGAAGAUAGGGAGGGUAUUAUUAUUGGUUCAGAUGUUGGAAAAACUUUGGAUAAGUUAAUUGCUAGAAACCAAAUUCUUGCUGAUCAAUUUGGUAGUUUCUCAAUACUGAUUGAUGACAUGAUUGCAUCUUUGUUGAAAAAACUGGAGGUAAUAAAGAAUACCAUGCCAUCUUUGGUUAAGCAAACAAAAGAAUUAGAGGGUGAAUUAGAGAAAGCUAGAUUAAUGUAUGAUAAAGCCAAAGAAGAAAAUGAUGCAUACCAUGGAAAGGUAUUUAAAUUGGAGACAGAAUUAGAAGCAUCUAGAAACAUGUGCAAAGAGAUAAGCUCUAAAUUAGUAGAUUAUCGGACAAAAGAGGAGAACUGGAAUGAAAGAGAAAGGGAGUUGUCUACUGCUCAAAGUACUUCCUCCAUUAAAGAUCAUGAGGAUGAGGGUGUUUUAUCAGCUUCAGAGAUAAACAGGCUAUUUGACAAGAUAGAUGGAAUCCCAAUCCCUUUCCCUUUCUCAAACCUUGUAAUUUCAGAAUCCUUGGACCCUGUAAAAAAGCUGUUUUACAUAGUUGAUAGUGUAAAGGAAUUACUAGAGCAGAUAACCCUAUUGUCUCAUUCAAAAGAGGAUCUUGUCUCAAAACAAACCCUAGAAGUUGAGCAUUUGAAGGGGGAGUUAUCUUUAGGGUUACAGAGCAUUAUUCAGAAGUUUGGAGGCGAGGAGUAUUCUGGAGUCAAGAAAUCUGCUGCUGACGUGGCAGGACUGGUCCCGGUGUUAGAGAGGCUCAUUCAGGGUAUUGUUCUGGAUGGGGAAAAUUCAAGAUUUAAAUUGAUGGAGAGCCAAAGGGAUAAGAUACAGGAAAGAGGAGGUUCAUUGCCUGCUGGAUCAGAGAUAUCAGAAAUUGAAGAUCAGAGCCCAGUUGGGAAAGUAGGGGGGUUGCCUUUAGUGCCAUCUGCUGCCCAGGUGAGAUCCUUACGAAAGGGAUCAAAUGACCAGCUUGCCAUUACCAUUGAUUCAGAAUCUGAACGUUUGCUUAGUAAUAAAUCCGAAUCUUUUGAAGAUAAAGGUCAUAUAUUCAAAUCACUCAACACAUCGGGUCUUGUCCCAAUUCAGGGGAAAAUGAUUGCAGAUCGAGUCGAUGGAAUAUGGGUAUCUGGUGAUCGGGCUUUGAUGCGUCGACCUCGGGCAAGGUUGGGGCUUAUAGUGUAUUGGAUUGUGUUGCACCUAUGGCUUUUGGGCACUAUUUUGUGACCAUUAUGAUUACAUCAUACAUGUACAAGUAGGUGCCAACUUUACUUUUGAGUGUUUUUCUUUUUAAUUUUUAAUAUUAAUUUUUUUAAGAGUUGAUGUAGAUGUAAAAAAAAAAAAAAAAAAUUAAUAGUUAAUUGUUCUUUUGAUUCUCUGAAAUCAGAUUUUAGGGAUUCAGAGAAUCCAUAACCAUAAGCCUCCAUGUUAUUGG